AUAUAUGUAGUUGAGUAGACUUCUAAAGAUAGGUACCUGCGUCAAUUACGAUGAAGUAAAUAUGCAGAUGGGUACUAGAUCUACAUGCAUAGGUUACAGGAGGAACGACUAAAUAACGGAACAGGUUGAUUAAAAUCGUCUUAGGCGACUAUAUAGCGGAUAAACAAAUGAUUAAUGAAACAACAUCGCGCCAUGCCGCCGACCCAACGACGAGGUAUUCUUCUAGCCAAAUGAAAAGACAACAGGAAACAGCAGGUUAAAUUAAAUGCAGAUGAUUGAACUAAUGUCCCCGUAUCGCGUUCGUUUCCUUUUCAACCAGCUAGACCGAUUUCGAUUCGACUGAUAGUUUCACAAGUCAAGUUAAGUUACCAGUGUUAUAUAGGUUAUAAGCAGCAGAUACACGCACCUUCAUCUACAUCUUUGCAUCGCUACAUCGUCCUAUCAGCAUAUAUACGAAUACCUACAUCGCCAUUGCGAUGCGUUUGAACAUCGUUAUCGCAAUUUCUUUGAGUGGAUUGAUUUACGGUUGGGUUGAUGGUAGAGCCACCUCCUACGUCGAAUUCAACACGCGCACAACAAAACUAGACGACUCUGGUUCCAAUUUCGAAUCCACUGCAGCAGAAUUUCCCAUACAACAGCCAGCUCAAAAUGAAAAGGAGUCAGAGCUGCCGAAAAAUAUCGAAAAUGGGCGAACGCGAAUCACCCGAGCAUCUCCGACCACAUUCGACUCUCCAAUGAAAAUCGUCACAGACGACUACGAAGUACAAUUCAAAAACGUCUCCUCCGACAACGUCUUACCCAGCAGCCUGAUAAGCAAAAUCGUCUCAAUCCUUGGCAGAAGAACAUCUCAAUCAGGUUCAGCAACUCCAACAGGUACACCCAGCUUAUCAGCAUCGAACGACGCCAACAAACAAUUAUUCGGCGGCAAACUGCCACCGUUUAUCGAACGAAUAAUCCAAAGAAUACAAAACUACUUCUCGGUGUACAAUCCACCCGAAUACUUCGACAGCAAUCGACCCCCGGCAACGACUCUGACAGACGGACAACACUCGGCGAUCACCUUGAUCUGCUCAAAUUCUAGCACCGGGUCGGUUUCGUGCAAUGAGAUGGGCGGUUCUGAAGAACAAGAAGAAGACUCCGAGCAGGGCGAAACAUUAGAAGUAUGCGAUGGGGCAGCAUCUUCGAAUUCAGCCGAAGAAGAAAACACCAUCGGCAUUGGCAGCGGUGGAGAUGAGGCAGCUUCCCAACAAGAAGAAUAUAAUGUGGUUGUAACCCAUACCAUUGUUCAAGACAGCUCAUUAAACGUGUAUUCGCCAAUUCCGCCACCAGCUCCGGUGCCCAUCGCAGCAGAUGCCACACAAAUGGUCAGCAACGUGGUAGUAAUUUUAGAACCGGCUGUGGGCCAAUAUUCGCCACCACCUCUGGACAAUCCGGAUAAAAAAAAGUUCUACGUUUAUGUAAAUCCGACUAAAAAUCAGGCUCAGAAGUUGAAAACAGCCACCGAAAGUGGAGAGGAAACAGAUAAAUUGGAAAAUUUUCAACCUUACACCAACACAACUUACACGGUUAUUAUUCGAGGCGAUCAAUUACAAGAAUACAAUACAAAUCUGCAAAACGCCAGUAGUGCUUCUUUAGAUCCUGAAAUCGCCAUCUACAUUCGUAACUCGAACUCGACCAAGAAUAAGUUGAAAAAGUGUAAAUUACCAUCCCAGCCAACUGAACAGGGAGGUGCAGAUUGCGAACAAAAUGCAAACGCAUCCGACCAAUCAUUGACAAGUAGAUCUGCCAGUACUUUAGGCGAAUCGAUGAGUAAUGCGGAGGGUGACGAGGAUGCCAGCUCAGUGAGAAUGGCGGAGGUGAAAAGUAACGAAAAUAAUUCCAAUAAAGUACCGAAUAUCAACUUGAUGCUGGUACCGCCCAAUGAUCAACAAAAGUCCAAGAACAAAUCUUGCGCGAACAAGAACAAAAUGAAAAAUCCUCAGCUUCAGUAUUACGUACUAAAGCCAGACAAUGGUAAUAAGAUUAAAACGGACGAAAAAGAAAAACCAACGUAUUACUUGCAGAAGACCAAUAUCGAUGCUGGAACUCUUUCUCAAACUUAUCUGCCACCAUAUCCGUCAUCAUCAUCAUCAUCAUCAUCAUCAUCAGUACAACAACCACAAAGUGCAGAUGAAUCUUCUCCUUCAUCUGCGGAUUUGUUUAUAACUUCUUCCUGAAAUGAUGAUGGGAGUCUGAUUUCUUAAAUUAUUUAUUAAUUCAUUCAACUGUUUAUUUAUUUAUUUGUGUAUUUAUUUAUUUGUUUGUCUGACUAAUAUAUGGAUCAUUGUUGUUAUUGUUA